AUGUCUGCCCUCGCUUCAACCAAAAAUCAUUCUUCUGCUAUCAAUCGUCCUCGGCACCCUCCCUCUAAACCUCUCACACAAUCUUCUUCUUUUGUUUUUGGUUCAUCAACACCUCGAGAGAUUUCUUAUAUUAACAAAACAAAAGUUUCUCCACAAGAUCGUCUUCUUAUUGAUACAGAGCCUAGACGAAAAAAACCUUUGCCUCCUGUUGGGGAUAAAGAUAUUAUUUAUUACAUGAGACAAGCAAGAUCGAUUGGACCACGAGAUCGCAAAAAGGCAGCUUCACAAAAUUAUGCUUUUGGUUCUUCAACGCCACGUUCAUUAUCCCAUUUAAGUAAAUUAGCAAAAGAACAACGCGUUUAUGAUGCAAAAUUUGAGCGUAUUGUAAACAAGGAAAGUCAUGGAAUGCGUUCAGCAACAAAUCCAAAUUUGGUUGGAAAUAAUAAACCGAUAAAAGCACAAAAACAACAGCAACAACACCAAGACGAGGAUGAUGCAGCUUCUGAACCUGACAUUGUACAGGAUAGACGAGCAGACUUUUUGAUGACUCGAAGUGCUUUUGAUAUGAAAAACAAAAAAGAUGAGGAGAAAAAUGAUGAAGAAAAAAAGAAACAAGAAAAUAAAAAAGUUUUGGAAAACACAUUGCGCAAUAAUUUAAAAUUAGCUGAAGAACGUACAACUCCUAGUCCGGAGAGUGAAUAUUUUCGAACCACAUACAAUUUUGUUGAAAUCAAGUGGGGCAACAAAGACACCACACAAGUCACAAUACUUAAGGGAAGCAACUGAACG